CUUCACCAUGACAAAUCCCACAUUCCUCAAAGGAGGGUUUCCUUUCAUUUCUCAUCACCCAUACUAUUACCUUUAUCAUUCCUGUGAUAAUCAGUCUUCUGCCUCACACCCUUAUCUUAACAUGUCAUCAUCAUUAUCAUCAUCACCACCACCAUUGAAAGAAGCUCUUCCUCUUCUUAGCAAAUUAAACCUCAAAAGAGAUCUGGAGCUGGAACACCGUUACCCAACAUAUAAUACAGCCAUAGAAGACAGAAACGGUUGCAGCUUUUCAACAAGUACAACCACAAACACAGGUAGUACUACAACGGUUAACGUAACCCUAAAUAUUGGGCUCCCUACUAGUUAUUCUCAAGAGAAGGGUAUCAAUGGUGAUGAAGUGCUUCUAGGGUUUCCUUGCUGCCCUAAACAGAAGGGUGUCAAUGGGGAAGUAAUGGCUCAAGGGUUUCAUUGGUGCCCUAAUGCUUCUGGCAAGACGGGUGUCACUAGAAAUGAAACCCUUUUAGGGUUACCUUUGAACACAUUAAAGAAGACCAAAGAGUACUGGAUUCCAAACCCCAGUCAGAUUCUUGCUGGUCCUAAUCAGUUUUCAUGUCCAGUUUGCUUCAAGUCCUUCACAAGAUACAAUAAUCUACAGAUGCAUAUGUGGGGGCAUGGAUCGCAAUAUAGAAAGGGGCCAGAGUCCUUAAAGGGAUCCCAGCCCACGGCAAUGCUAAAGCUGCCAUGCUACUGUUGUGCACCAGGGUGCAAGCACCACAUUGACCACCCACGGUCAAGACCACUCAAAGAUUUUAGAACCCUUCAAACACAUUACAAGAGGAAGCAUGGAACCAAGCCAUUUGUGUGCAGGAAAUGUGGGAAGGCAAUUGCAGUGAAGGGUGACUGGAGAACACAUGAAAAGAACUGUGGAAGGAUUUGGUAUUGUAAUUGUGGUUCUGACUUUAAACACAAAAGGUCACUAAAAGAUCAUGUGAAGGCGUUUGGUGAUGGACAUGUUGGUGCUUCUGGUACAGAUCUCUUUCAAGAACAAGAAGAUGAUGAAGAUGAAGGCAUGUUAUCUGAGAUAGAAUACAUGUAACGUGAUAUGAAAGCUGGCUACUUGAAACCGAUGAAGUUUGUUUCCUUGCCGUCAUCAACCAUUACAAAAACUAGAACCGAAGAACUAGGGGUGAGCGCGGUGCGGUUCGGUGCGGUUAUUAGCCAAAACCUCUCCACUAACCGCAAAUGCGGUCAAUCCAUUUUCUAAACCGCUUGGUGCGGUUAUUUUUGCUGUGCGGUUAGGCGGUUAUUUUUGCGGU